ACAACAGUAUUCACUUCUAGACAGACUAUCUGAUCAUAUGAAUGAUUACUUUGCUCUUGACAUUCAUAAUCUUGUUCAGUUCGUUUUUAGAGAUUGUAAUACUUUAUUCCUCUCGAAAAAUUGAUUUCCUAGAAAGAAGAAGAGAUGAACAAGAUCACGGUAAUCGGAUCGAUCGUAAUCGUCACUGUUUUUGCCACUGUUUUUGCGCGUGAUUUGCCCGAUUUCAUUCACGUUUGCAAAAAGAACGAUCCAAAUUUGAGCAAAUGCAUAACGGAUAGUGUGAAUCAUCUUAGGCCUUACUUAAAUACAGGAUUACCAGAAUACAAUAUACCCGCCUUGGAACCAUUUUUGUUAAAGGAAUUGAUAACCACGACUGAAGAAAAUGUUAAAUUGAAGCUGAGAAACAUCAAAGUAUAUGGAGCAAGUAAUUUCACUAUAACGAAAUUGAAAAGCAACAUAGACACUUUAAAUUUCGUGGUCGAUUUGGAUUUUUCAAAUCUCAUCAUAAAAGGGGAAUACGACGUGGAUGGACAACUACUGUUGCUACGAAUUCGUGGAAGUGGAGCCCUGAAUGGUCAGUUCAACAAUUGCAAGGCACUUGUGAAAUUGCAAAUGGAGAUGACAAAGGGAAAGGAUGGUCAGAAUUACUUAAAACUGGCCGAUCUUCAAACCAAGAUCUUCGUUGGAUCUGGCUCUAGUUUGAAGUUGGACAAUCUUUUCGGCGGUGAUCCAGUUCUUGGAGAUGCUAUCAACGUUGCCAUCAAUAGUAAUUUCGACUCUUUUCUAAAAGAAAUAACGCCUAUCAUCGAGAACGCCAUCUCGAAUACAUUCACUGAUAUUUCGAACAGUAUUCUGAAGCAGUUCCCUUAUGAGAAACUUUUCCCAGAAUCAUAGAUAUUUU